AUGGGCCGAUGGUCCCGUCCUAAUGAGGUGGGAUGCAUGAAGGAGCCACAACAUCCACAGGCGCCAUCCCGGGAGGGCAGUCCCGGAGCGGGCGGCUCCUCCGGGUUGACCCGAGAGCAUUGGGAUGCUGUGUAUGAGCGAGAACUGCACACUUUCCAAGAAUAUGGAGACACAGAAGAAAUCUGGUUUGGGGAGGAGAGUAUGAAUCGACUCGUAAGGUGGAUGCAGAAACACAAGAUUCCACUGGAUGCUUCGGUGCUUGAUAUUGGAACCGGAAAUGGUGCUCUCCUGGUUGAACUUGCAAAGCUCGGUUUCUCUAAUAUUACUGGCAUUGAUUACUCGCCUUCUGCAAUACAGCUUUCAGGAAGUAUUAUAGAGAAAGAAGGGUUAUCUAACAUUACGUUGAAGGUAGAAGACUUCCUGAAUCUUCCCACAGAGCUGUCUGACUUUCACGUCUGUAUUGACAAAGGGACUUUUGAUGCUAUCAGCCUGAAUCCUGACAGUGCAGUUGAGAAGAGGAAGCAAUAUGUGAACUCUCUCUCCAGGGUGUUGAAAGUGAAAGGCUUUUUUCUAAUAACCUCCUGUAAUUGGACCAAGGAAGAGCUGCUGAACGAGUUCCAGUUCCAUGAAGGAUUUGAACUUUUCGAAGUGUGGCCAACACCCACGUUCAGCUUUGGAGGCCGGUCUGGAAACAGUGUGGCUGCAUUGGUUUUCCAAAAAACGUGA